CAGCUGGUUCAUCGGAGCAUGCAAGAAAACGUGUGUUUUAAAUUAAAAACUACAGGAUGGUCAUACAGAGCUGAUCGUGGCUGCAAAGUGCCUUUCUUUAAAAUUAAGUUAAGAUGCAAAACGUCUUUUUCUUACAAGUACAUGGUUAAUUUUCACGCGGAAAGUACAGCUGAAGAAUGAAACUCUCCUGCGUCAAGAACUUUUAAGAUUGCAGCGGACCUCCUCUGUCUCCUUUCCCGUGUGUUUUCUAGCAGCUUUAGCCACUCGGUGCACCAUCCAAAGUUGCUUUUCUUCAGCUUGUCCAUCUGGGUUUUUAAGGAGUACCGCCGACGCCGGUCCUCGCCCGGCGGUGGGCGGGCGGGGCUCGGCGCUGCUCCGGGCCGCCUCCCGCUCGCCGCUCUCUUUCCUGCUGCCGCUGCCAGGAAGUUGGAGACGGGGUAGUCAUUCUCCGCGCUGCUCCGGCCGGCGCUGGGUAGGGCUGGGGCGGCUUCCUCUGGACGUAGGGGACCCUGCCGCGGGGAUGUAGCGGCCCGCGGAGCCAUGCGCGGCCCGGCGCUGCCCCGCACAUCGCUGGGGACGGUUAUUUUAAUAUUUGUCUGUGUGUUGACAAAGGAAUCUGUAGAAAUUACUCCACUGCCAUAUAGAGUGCAAGUCCGUCGGGUAGCUUUGGAUGGAGGAGACCCCUCUAACCCUUUGAGGAGAGAAAAGAGACAGAUGCACUGUCAACUGGGACAAUACCUACACCCCAGAAAGACCCACUGCUGCAUGAGGUGUCAUGCAGGUACCUACAAGGCAAAAGAUUGUGAUGGGCCUGACCAGGCAACUGUUUGUCUUCCAUGUGCCAAUGGCACAUUCACAGCUGUUGACAACACCAUGUCUAAAUGCUUCCAGUGCAAACGCUGCCGUGCAGCACUCCAGCAGAUAGUAGAGACCCCCUGCACCCCAAAGCAAGAUACUGUAUGUGGCUGUCAGAAGAAUCAGUAUCAGAUUGAUUCUGAGUCUGAAUACUUCCAGUGUAGGAACUGCAGCUCGUGCGCCGAUGGGAUUAUUGCCAGCUGUUCAAAGAACAAAGAUGCCAUUUGCAGAUGUAAGCCUGAAUUCUUCCUGUCACGUAGUAAUAUCUGCAAGCCUUGCAACAGCUGCACGGGAGAAGACUGCUUGCGGUGUCCUAGUCCAGUCACUACCUCACCGACUUCAUCUGGGCUGAAUGGAAACCUUGUACUUGGCAUCCUUGUUGCAAUAUUUGGAGUUAUCCUCGUCCUCUGUGUUGCACGUAAAGUAGGGAAGCUGGUCCAGAAAUACAAGACAGUGUCUUUCUACUCCUGUGUUUCUUUGCCACAGACAACCAAGGAGCCGGUAUCACAGGUUGACGAGAAAAUGAAUGAAAUUUCCACCCUUCCUCCUGAGUCCCAGAAGGAAACAGAAUUGCCAUUAAAGGCAACGCUAUCAUUUGCACCCCUGCCACAGAGUUCACAUGAGUUACCAGACUGUGUCAGACCUGCCAGGAAGACACAGCUUCCAGACAACCCUGCUAUCCUGUACACCGUGGUGGAUCACGUGCCACCGUCGCGGUGGAAGGAGUUUGUGCGGCGCCUGGGCCUGAGUGACUACGACCUGGAGCGGAUUGAGCUGGAGCACCGGCGCCUGCGAGACGCCCAGUACGAAAUGCUCCGACUGUGGAGACUGCAGCUGGGCCGUGCUGCCACUGUGGAGCACAUCAGCUGUGUUCUCAACCAGAUGGAGCUCAGUGGCUGCAGUGACGCUGUUCAAGAAGCUUUGCUAAACCAGAACUCUCCUCAACCGUGCAGCCUCCACAACCCCCUUUAAUCUACUUCUGCUUUAGCUGCCUUUGACUAUUAAGAGGGGAUCAUAGCUCUCUUUCUUUCCUCAUAUUUCCCCAUCUUUGUAACACUCGUCAGCUGAUUUUGUUGGAGACAGCAGCAGGUUAUGCUGGAGGAAGGCUGAGGUUUGCUUCUUAACCACCACGUAGUUCAACCUUUAAGGCACGGCAGACCUCCUCAACACCUCCUCUCCCAAGGAGGGGAAGCACCUCAUAAAGAAAGUGGUGUGUGAACUCUGACCAAGAUGCAAAGAGGAGCUCUGAGUGACUUGAUCAUAGAUCAGCUUCUAUGAACAAGUUGUUGCUGAAACAGAUACUCCACACAUCGUGUGGUGGGUAAACUUGUAGGGUGCUUUGGUUAAGCUGACUGUUCAGAUGUUAAAGUACUCACUCACUUCUUGCAGAUCUAUUUUUCUGCGAGAUCAACCAGUUGAAGUGGCUCAUAUUGCAGCCUUUUGAUUGCUAAAUCUGACUCAGAGGAAGUGGUGGGAGGAUGUGCCUAUUCCUGGGAGCGGGAGAGGAUUGCCCCCUCUCGGUAGCAACUAGUAGGUAUGGCUGUAGCAAGACUCCUGGAGACUGAGAACUGGUUCUCUCUGCGAGGAACGGGAUGACACUAUCCUUUCCACACCAUGUCCCUCAGGUUCCAGAGGAGUAAGAAUUCCAAGCCAGUGAGUCAGAUGAGAGGGUUGGUGCUUUUUUCCUCAAGUUUUUUUUUCUGUAUCUAGAAAUCAUGUAAAUUAGCAUUAACAAAACACCUGCCUGUGUGUCUGUCCAAGUGCAGGGUGGCAAGGAGUGUGUGCAUCUGCCUGGGGGAGGUGGUACCUAUGCAUGAGCACAGGUAGCACGAGCACCUCUGCAAAUCUGCGCUGGCACACAGGCUGGUAGGCUUGUGUCUACCUGCUUAUCUACAUAUGGAUGAUUCCAUGAAUCUAACUGCAAAUGGGACUGUGUACGUGUCUGUACAGAUAUUUUAGCAACUGUUGAAUAACUGCACACUACUUCCCAGACUGUGUUCUGUGAUUGCUGCUUGGCUGUGGGAGCCCUUCGGUACCAUCUCCAGGCUCUCCCCAUCACUUUCUCACCGGAAUUAACCUGGGAGAACCAGAUGUAGAAACAUGCAACUAGCCUGCACCAGGUGCAGGUUGUCCACAUGUUUGUAACAUGUGUUAUUUCAGUCUCUAAUCCCUUGAUCAGAGAGGAACCUUCUAUUGUAAAUACACUAAAUGUUCUGAAUUAAAGUGAAUAUUUUUA